AUCUGUCACAUAUAGAAUUACCCUUAUUACCAAAAGGCAGAUGAACAAUGAGGCGAUUAUGCUGUGGCACUGCCAACCUAGACAGCACUUCGGACAUUAUAGCUGCGUUUCAUGUCGGUUUAUCAGACUCGGAGCGCAGCUGUGAUGGCCAAACGUGCUCUCUGUGCAGGCAGGUCAUAGGAUACGAGACACAUCCUGUGUCCAAGACACUUGAGAUGAUUGUUUCGCUUUGAGUAAUUGCACGCAUCAUCACGUAAAAACUGCUGACGCAAUUAAUUUUUCCCCCUAUUUUCCGACGCGACAACCCCGGAAACCCGGGAGCUAUUUUAUUUCUGCGAGAAUCGCAUUCAAAUCUCUAUGACAGAGUCGGUGGAGCUGUCUUCAGGAUAUGAUGUUCAUCACAUUGAGAAGUACCCUUCGAAUGAGUCGCGAACGAUUAAAACCAACAAGUUUAAGAAUCCAUGGAAUGUUACUUGGAGACCUCAGUUGAUUACAAAAACAUACCUACACUUGUUGAAUUAGACUCUGUGAACAUGAGGUUAGAAAGAUGAACAUGUCUGAGGAGCAAAUAAACUGCACUAUAAGCUACGAGAUUCACCAGUACGUGUUUUCGGUUGCGUACAUCCUUGUCCUGCUAGUGGGUCUUCCUGCCAAUACUUACUCGCUCUACCAUGCCUGGCUGCAACUGAAAGCCCGAAAUGAGCUGGGGGUCUACUUGUUAAACCUGACCAUAUCCGAUCUGCUGUACCUGGCCUCCCUGCCCCUCUGGCUCAAGUAUAUCUUCCAAGGGGACAACUGGAGCAGCUCUGAGUGGCUCUGCCAACUGUGUGGUUUCCUGCUCUACGAGAACAUCUAUGUCAGCAUUGGUUUUCUGUGUUGUAUCUCCAUUGACCGGUACCUGGCAGUGGUCCACCCCUUCCACUUCAAGGCAUUCCGAUCGGUACGAGCAGCAUCGCUGGUCAGUGCGGUGGUCUGGCUCAAAGAGCUUGCAGUAGGAGUGGUGUUCUUCUGGCACAAGGAGCUCAGCAGAGACAAGAACAACCAAUCUGUGUGCUUUGAGCACUACCCCAUGAAGACAUGGGAGUACCCAAUAAACUACUACCGCUUUCACAUAGGUUUCCUGUUCCCUUUAGGAAUCCUCUCUGUGUCGUACUUUCGAGUCCUCCGAGCAGUGGGCAAGAGUGCAGGCACACAGACUGCCCAGAAAACUCGCAUCAAGUACCUGGUGACCAGCACCAUUGUCAUCUUCCUGGUUUGCUUCUCACCAUACCACAUCUUUCUGCUGGUACGCACCAUAUUUGAGCGGGACUGCGACUUCAUUGAGAACAUUUUCAACUACUACCACUUCUCUCUGUUGCUUACUAGUUUUAACUGCGUGGCGGAUCCAGCGCUCUAUUGUUUCAUCAGUGAGAGUGCCCAAAAGAGCAUCCAGAAGGCUCAGGAAGCUUGUACUCGAGUCUUAUGCUGUUGCUCAAAAAGUCAUGGAAGGUUCAACACAAACUCUACCGAGCUUGCAGCCGCCAAUGAUAAUGUUACAGGUACCUCAGUAGUGACAUUCUUGCAGCAGAUCAAAACUGAUGUUUGAACAUUUUUGUUGUAUUAAUUAUCCAUACAAAGGAAAUCGUACAGUUUAGCUACAGGCUCUUCAGUGGACAAAGGAAGCAUCAUAGAUGUACAGCUGCAUAAUAUUUUUUUUUAUUUUGCACUGGUUUGAACAUUAUUCGACUUUGUCAGAGGCAGUCCAGUAUUUAGUUCUAAAAUUUAAUAGUAGUAUUUCAUGCUUUUGCUAAACUAGCAUGCUACUGUUACGUGGUGUAAUGCUCAGGGAU